AUGACCUCUGCGGCUCACGAUACAACCAUCGGCACCGAGAAACCGGACAAUGCGGUGGAUGUUGAGCGACAAAGCGUCACAGCCUCGCCGACUGUCAUAGAGCCAAAGACUCUCGGUGCAGGGUCUGCCCUGGCCCUAGGGGCCUUCGGCACAACCCUCACCACCCUUUCCUUGAGUCUCAUGGAAUGGCGAGGCGUCACGACAGAUAAUGUCUUCGUCGGCAACUUCUUCUUUAUCGCGGCAUUUGGUCUUGUCGUGACUGCGCAAUGGGAACUGUCUAUCGGCAAUGGCUUUGCCUACACCGUCUUUAGUGCUUUCGGUAUGUUCAAAUUCCUGCGAAUGGUAUCCAGGAGCCCAAUGUUGAAUUUUGAUCCAAAAGGCCUUUUCUACGCUGGCUAUGGCGCUCUCUUGACCCCUGCUUUUGGCGUUGUGCAGGCAUACGGGGGCCAGACGGCGGAGUAUAACAACGCGGUCGGCUUCUUCAUGAUACUGUGGACUGUCUUCGUGUUCACCUUCUUGGUUGCUUCGAUUCCAAGCAAUGUCGCGUACAUUCUUGUUUUCCUGUUUGUGGAUCUGGGUUUCUUGACAGUUGCGGCGAGUUACUUCGCUGCGGCGGAUGGACACUCUGCCUCUUCUGUUGCGUUGAAGAAGUCCGGUGGUGUUUUCUGCUUCCUUGCUGGACUUGUGGGAUGGUAUAUCGUUUUCCAUUUGCUGCUGAAGGAUUCGCUUGUGGAUUUGCCGCUCGGUGAUACUACGCGGGUGUUUGGGAAGAAGAAGAAGGUGCAGUAG